UAGAUAUCUACCGGCGGAUGACUACUCCUGUGGCGCGCUCGUGAGGCUUCUCAAUCACUCAAUGUGGCCAGUGUUCCCCUCCCCCAAGCGAUGCCGGCAUGUGUCUAGACCGUCCCGUCUGCAGGACGGCUUUCAUUUAAGGUCUGGGGAACCUUGACCGAGGACCCCAUAAAGCAGUUCGUGUUUACGUAACAGUCGGCCUAACUGAACCUCUUAUUGAGUUUCUGUUACUAAUGUUCAAAAAACCUUGACCACCCGCCCUUGUCUUUGAAAAGAAGAGAAAAGCUCGAGUUAAGACUCAAUUCCUCUGGCUACCUCCUACUCAAGAAGAAAGGGUAGAAAGAAGAUCCACCUGGAUGACGGUCCUGUGAUCAACAUGUAUUUCCAGCACUUUUAUUCUGUCCUUUACCACCACUUCACAUCAUCGUAAACAGGUUUCCGGCCUGAUCCAGAGAGGUGGGCAACUAAUACCUCCAAUAACUGCCGUGCCAUUAUAAACCCAAAAACACAAUAGCGUGUGGCGUCCCCGGGGCUUGUCCUCUUUCACGCAGCACAGUCGACCGGAAAUCCUUGCCAGCGGGUUCAUCCCGUUUUCUCGAACCGGGAUGGAAAGUUCCACUUCUAUUGACUACAUACGUAAUAAUCAUUGGGGACACGAAAUUUUCUUUCCGGAUGACUGGCCACCACCGCCGCCUGGUACGGAUUCGACCUUGGGAGAGAGAGGGUCGAGGUGGUGGAUUUCUCUUGUUUUCUAUCCCUGGAGGAUCUAAUUCCACUUCAUCGACUGACUCUUCUGAUGACCGGACUCCCCCCAGGGUCCCUGAAGCCCAAAGGUCCGAACUCGGGGCCGCUGGGGCGAUUUAGGUUUCCCUUCAAAAGGGUCACCAUCCCGAGGUCCUCGACCAACCUGCUCACGACCACCUUGCUCAACCUCACGCCACACAGCAGACAACCAAACCCCCCGCCUGAACUACUGUUCCGAAUCCCUCGAACAAAUUGCGGUUGUGGAUCCGAGAACCUUUGUGUGACAAUGUGGGACUAGUCGACGAGAACUAUAAUGAUCCCCAACACAACUAUUCCCCCCGCGGCGGAGCCCGCCGACGACCAGAUCGCCGCGACCGCGAACCAGAAGAAGAACAGCAAGACCGGCAGAAACGGCAACGGCAACGGCAACGGCAGCGGUCAUGGCUCGAGUAGACUGUUCGCCCAGGACGACGACGACGCCACCAGCGAGAAGCUGGUCGGCGAGAUGACCGAGUUCGAGAAGCGCAAGAUCAUGGCUGGAAACGCCAAGUUCCACCGCCUCGGCUGGAAGCGUCUCGUGGUCGUCCUGAUCGUCCAGGCCGUCGCCCUGGGCUCGCUGUCCAUCCCCGGCGCCUUCGCCACCCUCGGCAUGGUCGCCGGCGUCAUCUGCUCCAUCGGCAUCGGCCUCAUCGCCAUCUACACGUCCUACAUCGUCGGCAAGGUCAAGGUCAAGUUCCCGCACGUGGAACACUACCCCGCCGCGGGAGGGCUCAUGUUUGGCCGCAUCGGGUCCGAGGUCGUCGGUGUCAUGCUGGUGUUGAUGCUGGUGCUUCUCACCGCCUCGCACUGCUUGACGGGCACCAUUGCCUUCCAGGUCAUCACGGAGAGCCACAUCUGCAGCGUCGUCUGGGGCGUCGUUUCCGCCGUGAUCCUCAUCCUGCUGGCGAUCCCGCCCAGUUUUGCCGAGAUGGCCAUCCUGGGCUACAUCGAUUUUGCCUCCAUCAUCCUCGCCAUUGGAAUCACCAUGAUUGCGACGGGAGUCACCAACUCCGCGAGCGAGACCCCGGCUCAAUGGUCGGCGUGGCCGAAGGAGGACAUCAGUUUCUCCAGUGCCUUCCUGGCCAUUUGCAACAUCUUCUUUGCCUACAGCUUCUCGAUAUCGCAGUUCUCCUUCAUGGACGAGAUGCACACGCCGACCGACUACAUGAAGUCCAUCUGGUCCCUGGGAAUUCUCGAAAUCAUCAUCUACACGCUCACCGGAGCGCUCAUCUACUCCUUUGUCGGCCCGGACGUGCAGUCCCCGGCCAUCUUAUCCACUUCGUCAACCGUUGCCAAGGUGGCGUUUGGCGUCGCGCUCCCUGUCAUCUUCAUCAGCGGUUCAAUCUGCACGACGGUUGCGGCACGAUAUAUCCACGGAAGGGUGUACAAGGACAGCAUUACACGCUACAUCAACACCAAGGAGGGUUGGAUAACAUGGCUGGCCCUGAUCACUGUGUUUACCUGGAUCGGAUUUGUCGUCGCGGAAGCCAUUCCCUUCUUCAGCGAGUUAAUCGGCAUGGUCUCGAGCCUGCUCAAUUCCGGCUUCACGCUGUAUAUCCCAGCCAUGAUGUGGUUCAUUCUCAUCAAGGAGGGCAAGUGGUACAGCAAGAAGAACAUCUUCUGGAGUAUCUUGAACGGCUUGAUUUUCAUCAUGGGACUGAUCGUCUUGGUUGGUGGCACGUACUCAUGCAUCAAGAGCAUUAUUGAUCAGUACAGUGCCGGAACUAUAAAGAACGCAUUCUCAUGUGCUCUGCUGAUCUAAGAGACUUGCAAUUCUUUUGGGCCAAGACAAGACGGAGCGUCAAUGACUUGUGGCACAGUCCUUUCUUGUGGCGGUAUUCUGAGAUUUGACUGAAGCAAAAAGCUGCGAUUAUGUCAGUGAAGUGUGUGCCACGGCUGUGUUGCAAAUAACACAGACAAGCCAUAGGACGAUUCAGAGAGGAAGCUAAAAGAUGGCGGCAGAGCAAAUAGAUAAAAGACUACAUAUGUAAAACCAUGGUGGUGUUUAAUGGAUGAACCUGAGUGGAGAUUGACUUCAUAGCUGCUGUACACUGGGCGGUAAUCUACAUGUCGACAGUUGAGGCUAUGGAGCUCAACUGUGACGCGUGAAAUGUUCUACCGAGAUAGCAGUAUUCGAAUAGCAAUCCGGUCAACUACAGCGCGCAAAUUUACGCGCUUAACCAUGUGAGAUUUGUUCGGCUUCUGCUAUCUUGAAUCGAGGUUGGUUGCAUCCAGUUAUAGCCAUCUAGCCCCAGACUCAAAUAUCCCACCGUUUACCCACAGUUGGUGGGUGGACUUUGUAACCAAGUUCUCCAAACCCAUGGAUGCUAGGGUUGUUGCUAUUCCUAAACUCGACUCACUUGCUCUGCAAGGUCCUCCCUGGAGCCAGGAGGAUUACCUGCCUUGUCUUCUUUUGAGACCAAGCUGAGAUACAUAAGAAGACGAUCGGUAAUCCCAUGAACCCGAACGAUUUGCUA